AUGGAAGGUAACCAACAGAUUUGGCAUAUGCAACUGAAGUCAGCCUUAUGGGCUGAUAGGAUCACUCCGAAAAGGUCCACGGGACAGUCACCUUUCAUGCUGGUGUAUGGUAGGAAAGCAAGGCUUACUAUCUCAUUUGAGCUUCCAACACUUGAUUUGGCCAAUCAGUUGGACACACUAGAAGAAGGCCCUUUAACGGUGAGAUUAGCUCAGUUGUUUGAGCUAGAAGAAACUAGGAAUGAUGCUAUGAGCAAGAUAGAGCAGCAUCAAGCUCAGAUGAAGAGAUCUUUUGACAAAAGAGUGUCUCCAAGAAAUUUCCAGGAAGGAGACAUAGUGCUGAAAUGGGACACUCUCAAAAGCAAGUCUGGAAAGCAUUCCAAAUUCGAUGCAUUCUGGAGUGGGCCUUACAUCAUUUCUAAAUGUAAACAACACAACGCUUUCCAUCUCUCUAAGCUAGAUGACAAUCUGAAGCCAAUCCCAGUCAAUGGGAUUCACCUCAAGUAUUGCUUUUGA